GCUGGGGUGUGGGGAGAUCUAGGAAGCCUGUGGGAGGGCUUGAUGGGAGGAGCUGGUAGCAGGGGGGCCAGACAUGAUCUUCCCUGAUCCAAAAAAAAUCCUUCAUCUGGGACCAAUCAGGUCACAAGGGUGCUGGACCAGGGAGGUCUAACCUGUAGAACUCAUUGCAGCCAAAUUGCAAUGAAGUCAGAGGAGUUGCACUAAAGAUGAAUUUGGCCUUGAAGCUCAAAAUCUGUCCUCUGUGCACAGGUGGAAAUACAGAGUUACUCUAGGUUCAGAAUAAUUAAGAAAACCUGGGGCUGUAGACACAUCCCAAAGGGAGGCCUUUGGUUCUGUUUGGAGAGGCAGGAUCACCCACACAAUCAUCUUCUGGCCUAGUGGGGGCCCAUCUCUUCCAUUUGGGUAGGCUGGGCAUCCUACCUACCUGAAUUACUGCUCCGUGUGUUCAUACACUUUGGGUCUUGCCUAGAGAAGGGAGAUCUCAGCCACCACCUGGAUGAAUCUUUGCCAACAUCCCUAUAGAAUUAUGAAAGUGUAGUGACAGUAAGGAUCCCCCAUAAAGGGAAUCUUCUGUGGUGAUAUUGUCACUGGUUCCCAAAACCGUGGGUUUCAAAGUCAAUUAAAUGGGGUAGAUCACAUGGUUCAGAGUUAGUGUUUCAAACUGUAAGCAGACUUAGACUGGGAAUCACAGCAAAUAUUAUUUUAGAUCUGGAUUUUAAAGCUUUCUUUGCAAACAUGAUGGCUAGCAACAUAUUAAAAACAGUAAGAUUCUUUGCCACUAUAUGAUGCUAGGAGAAAAGGUCUGAAACAUGUCUAUCCCAUAAUCCAGCCCUGAGUAAUUCCAUUUAAAUCAACGUAAUUGCAUUGAAUUUGCCCUGCUGUAUCUGAAAGAAAGUAGAAUGUUGUCCUAAGACUUUGGAAGGCAAUUUAAUAUAUUUUUGUAUCAAAUUGUGUAUCAAUUUGAAAAUGUUCUUGUAGAGCUAAGAACUAGCUUUGUCACUGGAAAGGAGAGAGAAUGCAAAAACAGAGAUUAGGUUGGAAUAUAAAUAAAAGGGCAAGCAUUUUUUUGUUUAUGCAUGUGUGAUUGUUUCUAUAGUCCUUGUAUGCUCCCUUACAUUGUAAUUUUCCUUACAUAGAUUUCUUCAUAUGCCUUUUCAGCAUUUCUUGAAAUUAAAUUAUGCUGCGGAGUUUCUUCUUGUCCUCCUCUUGAUAUCUGGCAUUAGAACCUUUUGAGAAGUAUGAUGUUGGCUACUAAGAGGGCUGGCAGAAGGAUUAAGAAGACACGGAAGUAUGACAUAAUCACAACACCAGCUGAGCGAGUAGAAAUGGCCCCUCUGAACGAAGAUGAGGAUGAUGAUGAAGACUCGACGGUGUUUGAUGUGAAAUACAGGUGCAGUGGAUCCAGUCUCCUCAAGCCCCACAACCAUGGACAGAAUGACUAGGGAACAGCCCCUGACCAAGCAUGAGAAGAUGAUGAUUGUGAGCAGUCUCUUGAAGCAGGCCCCACCUGAAGAGUUCUGCGAGGCCUUCAGUGACCUGCGCCUGCUGGUGAGUGAUGACAGCCUGAUGUGCCAGGAGGCUGCCUCCCUCUGUGCUCUGUACAACAAGCUCCAUUUCGCCCCUGUCAGGAGCAAGGAGUGUGAGGUGCUGCUGACCCGCCACAACGAGCUGGAGGAAAACCACUUCUUUGACCCCCAGAGACAGGUUUCUUUCAAAUUUGACCAUGUGAGGCAAGAGCCAAGUGAGUUUCAGGCUCACCCACAAGAAGAUGAGAUGGGUGAGGCAUGGAGAAGGGCCCUCUAUGAAGGCCUGAAAGUAUACGUCAGCAGCCAUUAUCCCGGGGGGCUUUGCAGUGUCUUCAUCAAGGACACUGCUAUCCGGAAAAUCCUCAUUGCCUGCAUUGCGGGUCGGCUGCACCGACCCUCUGCCUUCUGGAAUGGCCUGUGGAAGUCAGAGUGGACUUUCACCCUGACUCCCACCUCCACUUCUACCCAGGUAGCUGGAACCAUCAUGGUGCAAGCUCACUACUUUGAGGAUGGCAACAUCCACUUGACGGUGUGCAAAGACGUGGCUGAGACUCUUCCCGUCACCACUGAGACCCAGACCACUCAAGACUUUGUGAAACUGCUGGAGGAUGCAGACAACGAGUUCCAGGGUGAGCUGAUGGAAGAAUACCAGAGGAUGAGCAAUACCCACCUGAAGGCUUUCCGGAGACAGCUGCCCAUUACCCACAGCAUGAUCGACUGGGAGAAAAUAGUGACAGCUAAGAUUGUGGAGGCAGCUGCUGUCCAAUGAGAGGCCAGUUUGUAUGGGAUAUUGGAAUACAGUGUUCAGGGAAGGGGGAAAGUACUUAACACCCUAUACAAUAAAUAGAGAAAAAGAAAACUUAAAAAAAAGUCAGAGAAAAUGAGGGACGGGAAGAGUUCUAUGGUGUCCAGAGCCAAGGUGCUCUCCCAGGAAGUAGGAAGUGCCAGCUGGAGGAGUCCUGCUGACCAAUGCUGACUGAGAGCUCACGCAGACCAACAAUCAGUCACAUUGUGUGUCAGCUUGUUCAUAAAGUGGAGGAAAUUCCAAGAAGAGCAACCAAAUUGAGGAGAGGGCUGCAAAAAGAGAGAUUUAAUGAUAGAGCAAUGAACUGCACUUGCCCUAUGUCUCUUCAUCUCUUAGGCCUCUUUGACACACAAGAUCAGAGCCAUAUAGUUGUUAUACCCCCUUCUCAGGGAGUAGUUUAUUAACGUAUCAUAUCUUCGUCUCUCUUCCCAGUCCCUCGGUGGGGCAUGGCUUCUCCUUUCUGUGGCCUGGCUGCUUUGCCCUUUCAAGCCAUCUCUCUUUUCUCAGCCUCUACCAGACAAAUGAGUUUUUGUCAGACUCCCACCAAAUGAACACAGUUCCUCCUUCGCAAAGUCUGUUUGCAACCAAACACACACCACCAGCCUUUCCACAACCAUCCUUCCCCUUCCCCCCGCCCCAGCACUGUUGUCCCUUUGCAAGAGUGACCUUUUUUGGGUCAGGGCUACUGACCCACAGAAAAAUCAGUUGGGGGCCACACGCAAGUGAGAAGACAACCCCACAAGCACUCACCUCACACUCAACUUGGGGCACUGGGGCUCCACUCAGCCUCCAGUUCCAUGGGAGGGGCAUUGAGGCUCAGGGCUUCCCCCGACAGUGUGGAUGCUUGCUACAGGCUGAAUCUAAGUAAACUGGGAGUUGGCUCCAGCCUCCGGGCUGUAGACUCCCCACCCUUACUUUAGAGACACGGGGUUUCCCAGGACUUUCCUUGGGACUGUAGUCUCUAAACGUUUAGGUUGCUCUUGGAAGGCUUUCCAGAGUGCUUUUCUCAGGACCUCAGCCAGGCCUCAUUCUUCUUCCCUACUGGUGCCCUAUGCAGCCCAGCACCAGCACAACCUCUCCUCUCCCCUCCCUCUCCAAAACGACUGAAGCUGUGGAAAAGUGGGUUGCCAACUCUUCCUGACUGGACACCAUUUACUGCAAUGGUGUCCAGCCCACCUCUUCCAGAGGAGUUGUCAAUGCAGGAGCAGGGCCGGGAGGGAGACACGGGCACGAGGCGCACCAGGCAGCCAUGUCGCCAGUUGGAGAGAAGCGAUGCUUUUACGGGGAAGGCACCACUUCUCUCCAGCCACCUGCUGCAUGGCUGACCCCUGCUCAGUCCUCCAGACGGCAAGGGCUGCUCAGCCACUGCCUGGUGGAUGGGGGCCAUCCUGAGCGGUCAGAUAGGGUUGACGGGGGGUGGCUGGGCUACGGGGCUGGGGGCCGCUGAACGAGCACUGAGCUGGAGGAGAGCAGCCAGGGGCAACUGCAGCCCAUAGGCACCAUGCGGCUGCAUAGGGCACCAUGACGUUUGGCACGAUUUGAAUCCCCAACUUUUGUGGUGUCCUAUGCAGCUGUAUGUUUUGCCUGUUGGUAGGGACCAAUGUUCCCUCUCAUCUUUUCCAUCCACGGGCAUGGUGUGAAUGUGCACCAUGAGGAGAAACACAUACCUAUCUGUGGGCACCCUGCUAAUCAGCCGGGUGGCAUUGGAAUCUCUCCUGAGGUGCCGCACAAGGGCACAGAGAACACUGGUAGGGAUUGGCUUGCUUCUUUCUCCUGGUGACUUUAAUUACUGAGUCUAUAAUCACCACCUAUUAUAUGCCUCAUGCACUUGUACCCUGGUGUAUAUCUUUAGAUAGCAGCUGGGAUUUUUUUAAUGUUCCCCCAUGUCCUAGUACUCCCUCUAAACCCCUUCUGGUGUAUUCUGUAAUCUUAAAAAUGUUGAUGAAGAAUUUAAAUGUCUUUUCUGGGAGCACUCCCGUAUCAAGGAAGGGGUCGACUAUGUCUUUAACAUUCCACUUGAUACAUAACCCAUGUUUGUGUCCAGUCAAUAACUAACACAUACCUGGCACAUAACUAGCACUAACAUUCAAUAGCAGCACAUUGGCCUGUUUUGGGGAAUACUUUGUAAAAUCUUAUUCCCCUUUUCUCCUUAGUCCACAAUUCCUACUAUUUCUUUUUAAACAUUUAAAUUCUUGCUCACUCAAAGGUAUCUUUAGGACAAUUUCUCCAUUUUCAAAAUAUUGUUUUCCUCUUUUAUUUCCUUGCCAGGUAUCAAGUAUAUGCUGGAAUCCGUACUCAUAUUAUGUUUACACUCAAGCAUGCUAAUGUCAACAUUUCAUUUAUUAUCUCACUUCUGCUUCUUGAAGUAUCCUUUUUAAUUGCUAGUGUGUCUGACUGCAUUAGAAAAGAAAUGCAGUGGUAGGUCAGAUGUCCCUUAUUAUGAUUAUCAUCAUCAUCAAUUCAGUUGUCAUCAUGGGUACAAAAUUAGUCUUUUAGCUCUCUCUUAACUACAGGCUCAGGGGCUGCAUGUUAUCACUGUCUUUAGAUCCGCCAGUGUAUAUAUUUAGCAAUGGUUACUCCAUCUUUAUCUAUUAUACAGAGUGACUAUUGUAUUAUAGAAUUCUAAAUCCACAUCCAGAAAGAUGAUUUUUCUUGGUAUGAUUUACUGUCCCAUAACUAUUGAUUUUAAUCUCUUCUAGCCCUUCCUUUUCACUUAACUCUUCUACACACAUUUUUAAGCCUAAAAGUGUGAAGGAGUUUGUGUCAGACUACAUUUUGGCUGCUUACUUUCCAACAUGCAAUUGCCCAGGUUUCUUACAUGUGCUGUUUCCCUUGGCUUUAGCCCAAAAUGUCAGAUCUAACAUUUUAUUCUUAAAUUGAUGUUUCUUCGGGAGCAACAUGAGAUAUAAUUACAAAAUGCACCAUAUGCAAUUCAUAGUGCCUGACCUUCAACUUAGAUUGUGGAUAUAGAGCCUUUAGUUCUGUAUGUAUGACUGAUCCUACUGUUGCUCUAUACAGCACCAUCAGCACUGGUCUUGUAACCUCCACAGGCAGAUUUGAACCUGGGACUGCUGAAACUUAGUAUAGGAGCUUCUACCCUUUGAGUAAAGAGUUAGCUGGCUCCCAGCCCACGCUGUAGAAUUCUCUAGUUCUUAUCUGUUGCUGUGGGCUAAGUGCCACUGCAUGGGACA